AUGUCAACAUUGCUGCCAUCCUCUGUCAUGCAGGGAAUGUCACCCGAUCUCGCCUCAUUUCUGGGGAACAUGCAGGCCCAAUUCAUGUCACUACAACAACGUACCAAUGAACUUGAAUCUCUUGCCGCAACUAAUGCUAAAUUAACUGCUCAAUUAGUUAAUGCAGAAAAGCUAAUUGCUGAUCUCAGAUCUCAAUUAGCAUCUCAGGGCAAUUGCCAAAUUACAACAAAUGCAUCAACAUCAUCUGCACCAACCACACCCAAGGAGCCUGGCACUGAGGCUUCUACAUGGGCUACAACUGCUGCUGCUGCUCACAACUCUGUUGUUGUUCCUACUGCUCUUUCUGUUUGCAAGACUCCAAGACCUCCUUCUGUUCGCCAGGUUGCUGCUUCUGCUAGAAUGUUUGCCAUUCCCACUGGUCCCAAAGGAUAUCAAUAUGUGUAUAUCCCACGUUCACGUCGUCUCACACAUAGAAAAGUGCGCAACUCUUUGAAAACACUUGGUGUUGAUACUGGCCGCACCUUGGAUAUCAAUUUUCCUGCCAAGGAUGUAGUUGGCAUCCUAGUUCACAACCAGUAUGCUGAGAAAUUCCAGACCACUCUGACCACAGUUGCCAUUGAGAUCUUAGAUGCGUUUGACCCUUUGGAUCCCAAAAACAUUGCAGAUCCCAAAUAUAAGUCUCUUUCUGAUUCAGAGCUAGAAGAAGUUGCUGCUGAACUUCAUUCUGAUCGUUGUAUGAAGGCUCUCAAGUACCUUCGUCCUCAUGUUGCUGUUCCUGUUGGUCAUUUCUUUUGUGAUCAAGGCUGGAUCUCUAAGGAAGAUAUUCCUGUCCAUUCUGUUUCUGGUCCUGGUGCUGGACUUUGGAAUGCUAAUGGUCUACAGCCUCGUGCAAUUUAUGAUGUUCUUCAACACUGUCACUCUCUACAUAUGCUUUUUAUCACUGAAACAUGGCUUCUUCCCCCAUCUCGUCUCCCCACUUCUUGGUCCCAGAUUCAUCUUUAUGGUUCACCUGUAGCUGGCAACUACAGAGGUUCUAUGGGUGUUUCUGUUCUUAUUUCUCCAUCUUGUCCUUAUCCUGUCACUCAGAUUCCUAUGUCAUCUAAUUAUGCUUUAGCCAUCAAGAUUGGUUCCCUCAGAAUUGUAUGCCUGUACUUACCGCCCUCUAUGUCCACCCAUGAUGCUCUUGCAGUUCUCUCAUCCAUUCCUUUGACCAAUGACACUAUUAUCUGCGGCGAUUUUAAUUCACGUUUGGGUUCACUUACUGGUGACUAUGCUACUAACACUCGAGGUCUUGCUCUUUGUCAAUGGUUAGAAGAACGUGCUCUUACUGUUGUCAAUGGCCAGCUCUCACCAUGCAUACCUACAUUCAUUUCAUUCCGCCAAAAUGUGGAGAUAAGCAGUAUCAUUGAUCUGUUUAUCACUAAUAUGUCCCUCACCAAUGCCACUCUCAACAUUCAUACCGACCUCUCACUCAACUCUGACCACCGUCUGCUUUCACUUUCAUUUACAUAUGCCAUCAAUCCAACAUCACAUGCACCACCACCAUCUUGCAAAACAUGGAACCUCUCACGUCUUCAAGAACCUGAUGUUCUCAAACUAUAUGCCCACACAUUUGUCACUAAUUCCACCAACCUCAAAUCCACUUUGCAAUCGACCUUCGAACACCCUCCUUCCUCACGUCCACCAAUUGAUGCACUAACUGAUGAAUUCAACUCACUCAUUUAUAAUUCUUUAAGUAGCUCAAUUGGCAACCGUCCUCCCCGUCCUUCCCACUGGAAAAAAUUCUGGAAUCCAGUACUUCAAGCAGCUGCAGAGCACCGCAAUUUCUGCUACAAGAAAUGGCGCCGUGCAUGUGGUAUAGACAGAAUUCAUUGGUGGGAUAAGCAUCUCAAAGCGCAGGCAGAAUUCCGACAUCAAGUGCAAUCAUCUAAGCGCCAAUCAUGGCAUGCUUUCUGCAAAUCAAUGGAACAAGACUUUUCCAAAGCAACAUCAAAGAUCAAGCUACUCAAACGCCGACGGCAGCCUCAACACAUGUUUCAACAUAGUGAUGGACCAGCAACAGCAGCAACAAUUAUGUGUGAGCAUCUUGCAUCUGUAUACAGUGGCAGUAUCCUCCCAGAUCAGCGUCCUCCUCCUCCUCUUCACAGUACUAGUCUGCCUUUUGCCUCUGCCAACUCGCCAUUUGUUUCUUCAGUGGUAGAGGGAUGCAUGCAAUUUAUGCCUAACCGCAAGGCACCAGGCCCAGAUCACAUCAGAGCAGAAAUGUUGAAAGUAAUUCGACCACAAAUUGCUCCACUACUCUCACUCUUGUUCACCAUCUGCAUCUUUGGACCGUCUGUUGUCACUCAUUGUCGUUCUGGAGCAUUGGCUGCUAUGGCAACUCUUACUGCUGUUGGUGUAUGUAGAUCUGGUUUCAGUUUGCUCUUAAGUUCACGUCUGUUCAAAACCUUUAUACGACCAAAAUUCGAGUAUGGUCUUGCAAUCACAUGUCUUUUGCAAAAAGAUGUUUUACUUCUAGAGAAAAUUCAAGAUAAAUGCUUGCAAAUGAUUGUUGGUGGCCAUGCAACUUCAUCUACUGCAGUCUUGAAACAUAUCUGCAACCUGCCCAGUAUGGCUUUUCGCGUUGACAUUCUCAAAACAAAAUUUUGUCUUCGGGCACACACUCUUCCUUCUGGUUGUCUUCUCUCUCUGCUCCAUUCUCAUCAUCUCCAAGCAUCAACACUAUCCACUCUUCACACAAACCCUCUUUUUGCCAGCAUUCCCCCUGAUCUUAAUUGCUCCAGCCGCAUAAAACUAUCCAAGCACUUUGAGUCUUUUAGACAAGAAAAGUUUGCUCACUUUCGUCUCACCAACACUAAGAUUCUCAUCCAAGCUUGCCGCCCUCUUCUUGAAGUUGAUCCUGUAUUGUUUCUUCCUGCUACACGCAUAGAACGUGGCCGUCUAGUACGUUGGAGAAUAGGCUGGUUGCCUGACGCCAUCUCCAAUUCUGCAUCACAAUCCCAUCUCAGCUGUUCUCUCAACUUCCAGCACCACCCACAGAUGAAGACAACAUCAUUGACUUUGCUAUAUCAGCACUACCAAUCUCGUCUACACAUCCAAGCCCUCUAUAUUGGAAAGCUCUUCUUACAAUACUAUGGCAUAUUGACAUGCUAUGCAAUCCUAAUGGCAACUACACACAUGAAACUGAUCAUGUUUGCAUCCAUACAAUUCUAUCAUCAAUCCAUCCAAAAUAUUGCUUCAACCAUUGCAUCCAUUGUCAAACACGACGCAUCUACCCUUUCCACCACCACAUCCAUUGUCAAAAAAAAAUUUCCUAUCGUUCCUGCCAUUUUAUCACCAAUUUUCACUUUUUCUCUACCGAUUGCUGCUAUCUCAAGAUCAUUGCCAAACAUGUUGCAAUUGUUGCCUGCUAAUUGCAUGCAAAGUUUGCCAGCCAAACUUGUGACGUUUUUAACCAGUAUGCAGUCACAGUUCAAUGCACUUAACAAACGUACAGCACAUUUGGAAUCUCUUGCUGCCAAAAAUGUCCAAUUGCAUGCUCAAUUAGCUAAUGUCCAGCAGGAGAAUGCCAAUCUCCGAUCUUAA